AUGCUGGGAUUUUGCGAAGAAGAAAAGACCGCUGAGCGCUCGAAUCCGAGAAGUAAGACUUCGAAUAACCUCCUCUCAGCUCGCACCACGUCAAUCAAUCCGUUAAAAUCGAAGAUUCGAGAUUUGUCGAGAGUCCUUGAGCGAUCAGAGCAUCUACCAGCGGACGUUCGUGUAGAAAAGGAGAGAGCCUUAGCUGCUUAUAAGCAAGAUCUUGAAAAUGCUCUUGAAGGCAAGCAAAAACAAAAAAUGAUCUCUAGAUACCAUAUGGUACGAUUCUUUGAGCGGCAAAAGGCCAGCAGGAACCUCAAGAAAUUUCGAAUACGCCUCAAGACUGCUACACCGGGCACUAGCAUUGAAGCAAACCUACAACAAGCCGUUCGUCAAGGGGAGAUUGAUUUAAAUUACACCAUCUACUAUCCAUUGAAUGAGAAAUACUUGAGCUUGUUUCCACGUAAUGGAGGCCGCGAAUGCUCAAACGCUAGGUCUCAAUCUUCUGAGGGAGACAAUGAAACUUUCGCUGCAAAGCUGGAUAGACCGCCAAUGUGGACUGUCGUUGAGAGAGCCAUGCAAGAGGGUAACCUUGAAGCGCUUCGCGACGGAAAGCGGAGUUCAAUGUAUGCUACCAAGCAUGCCAGGAAGCCUUUCAUUAAGGCUCGCCAUCAUUGCGACCCAAGGACAGAGUCGAUCACGAACAAUUCCACUAAACACGUCGAUGCCAAUGACGGUUCUGAAAGUGACGGAGCGUUCUUCGAACGCUAA